AUGAGGUUUCUAAUCUCACUUUUUGUUUCACUGCUUCUGCUGGUUAAUGGUGAAAUAGUCAAUGGACAAACUUCAGGUACAACAAAAUCCAACCUACAACUUCAAGCAGAAUCUACAACUUCCAGCUCUGAUCCCUGCUAUGAUUAUAACACUCUUGAUGAAUACUGGAGAGACACACGACAAGACGCGUAUCAGUACUAUGGACAUGAUGACACUCUUGUUGAAUGGAGUGGCUGGUAUCGGCUGUAUCUGAAUGGAGAAAGUGCUCAGAUGUCUGAGUGGUGUGUGAGUCAUGUGGGAUGUGGUGGUGAAACUGGACUGUAUCUCACUGGUUCUCAUCCAACACUUGAUGAUGGAGUGGUAACCCGUGAAGUUUUGGGAAAUUAUAUGUGGUCUAGCCAGUGUGACAACUACACUUCCACAUCUAUCCAAGUCAAAGCCUGUCCAGGAGAUUAUUACAUCUAUGAAUUUGUCAAACCCAACAUAUCAGCCUCUGGACCUACAUACUGUGCAGUUGUUUUCAUCAGCUCCAGCAGUGAUCCCUGCUACAACUAUGAGUCUCUGGAUCGUCCCUGGAGAGCCAACAAUGAAAGUGGAGGUAAUGUUUGUGAUGAAUCUUUCUCCUGGAAUGGCUGGUACCGGCUUUUCUACUAUGGAAUGAACAUCCAGAUGCCAGAGACCUGUGUUAGUUCAUCCAGCUGUAGCACAGGCAUCAGUCUGUGGCUCAAUGGUCCUCACCCUCAGAUAGAGGAUGGAGUGGUGACCAGAGAGGUCUGUGGUAAAUAUUAUUGGGGUGGCUGUUGUAAUUACAAGACAAACCCCAUCAGAGUGAAAGCAUGUCCAGGAAAUUACUAUGUCUAUGAACUUGUGAAUCCACAAAUCGGAUGUUCAGGAUACUGCACAGAUGUCAGCACAAUUUCACGGUCAAUUUCCUCUGUAAGUCCAGAUAUAAUUACUGGAUCCAGCAUUACCUCGAAUUAUGACCCGUGCAAUAACUGCAACAUACUCGACAACUACCGGAGAAGCACACUCAAUUACGGGUAUUGGUAUGGCUCUACAAAUGGACUUGAUGACACUCGUGUAGAAUGGGACGGCUGGUAUCGACUCUUCAUUAAUGGAGCAAGUGCUCAGAUGCCUGAGUGGUGUUUUAAUUAUAUGUCAUGUGGAGGUUAUAGUUCUCUGUAUCUUGGUGGCUCUCAUCCUCGUCUUGAAGAUGGAGUUGUUACUCGUGAAGUUUACGGCUCUCGCUAUGAUCAGUGCAGUCGCUACAGAUCUGAACCAAUCCAAGUUAAAGCUUGUCCUGGAAAUUAUUACGUCUACAAAUUUACCAGACCAACUCUUUCAAUCCCAGCUCCUGUAUAUUGUACAGUUCCUUUCUCUACCAUAAUCAUCGAUCCCUGCUACACUUACACCAGUCUGGAUGAGCCUUGGAGAGCCACUGACAACUAUAUCUAUACUAACAAUUAUUACUAUGGGAUGUGUGAUUAUAAUGUGGAGUGGAAUGGCUGGUACAGGAUGUUCUACAAUGGUCAAAAAACUCAGAUGCCAGAAUCAUGUGUUAGUUAUGGCAUGUGUGGCACUUAUUUUCCACUGUCACUCAACGGCCCUCAUCCACAGCUGGAAGAUGGAGUGGUCCUCCGUCAGGUCUGUUUAUCAGUGAGCGGCUGCUGUGAUUACAGAUCCCACCCUAUAAGAGUCAAAGCCUGUCCUGGAAAUUACUAUGUUUAUGAGUUUGUCAAGCCAAUGUUUUGUGGAGCUUACUGUGCAGAGCCCUGUGCUGAACUCAACUGCACAGAGGAUGAAUGGUGUGGAGAGAAAAACGGCGUCUAUGGCUGUUUGUGUUACGAGAACCAGACCAUAUCAGAUUCUUUUGACUUUUCAGAAAGCUGUGAAAGCAGCUCUGGCUCCAUGUCUGUGUCUCGCUGUCAGCUCUUUGAGGCUGGUUUUCCAGCUGACGUCUUACACCUCAAUGAUCCCAGCUGCAGAGGAACAGUCCGGAAUGGCAGAGUGGAAUUCCAUUUUGAUAAUGAUGAACAUAUCUGUGGCACAAAUCUUCUGGCCAACGGCACCCACUUCAUCUACAGUAACUAUAUUCUGGGGACACCGAGGUCAGAAGGUCUCAUCAGCAGAGAGAAAAUCCUCAAGCUUUCUUUCAGCUGUGCUUAUCCUCAAACACAAACACUUUCCAUGAAUGUGGAAAUCAAUCCACUGGAGAGCAUUGUGCACAAGACUCUUCCCGCUGGAGAAGGCAGAUAUCAGGUUCGGAUGAUUCCAUAUGAGGAUGAUGAGUUUACUCGGCCCUUCACUGGUAGAGUGGAUGCAGAGCUGGACCAGAAGAUGAAUGUGGAAGUUCGUGUCGAGGGGGUUGACAGCCGUCAGUUUGCUCUGGUGAUGGACACGUGUUGGGCUACACCUGAGAAUGAUCCUGAUUACAGUCUCCGCUGGGAUCUCAUCCUCACAGAGUGUCCCAAUCCAAAUGAUGACACAGUGGAGCUGCUGCAGAACGGCGUCUCGACAUCCAGCCGUUUCUCCUUCAGGAUGUUCAUCUUCACUGCAAACUCCACUAAACUUUACCUGCACUGCGCUGUUCACCUGUGCCUUCUGUCAAGCAACCGCUGCUCAACGGACUGUAACUCUGAACAUCAGUGGAGAGAGCGCAGGUCUCUGGACUUCCAUGACAGUGCUUCCAUAUCCCUGGGUCCUCUGAUGUUGUCUGAAGGGAACACAGAUAAGUGGGUCCCACAGCAAGUGAACGUAUCUGAGGCUUCUCGUCUGUGUGCUUCUCUGAUGCUGUUACUUGCUCCUCUGAUGAGUUCCCUGACCCUUUUUUAGUUUAUUUCCAGAAAAUGUUUUACAUUUUACA